ACAGACGUUUUUUUAUCGAAAUUCCUUGCUUUAUUGAAUCAAAUAUCAAUAAACAGCAAUUAUUACCGUAAAAAUGUAAAAUUUCGACUAAAUUUAAAGAUAGAAACGUUCACGUGUUGAAUUUUAUUAUUUAAUUGCAUUGGCUCGUUUAUCUCAACCUAAGAUUUAAUCCUUUCAUAUAAAAAAGUUAACUUGAAAGUAUUAUAGAAACCGGUUAUAAAUAAUUUAUUUUGAACGAAUUUAAAACGGAGGUCACAUUGUUUGCAAACAUCGUAGAACCUUGCAGAAAAAGAAUGAAGAAGACUUUAGACUCUUAUUUAUCUUCUUGGUUUUCUCGAAUCGGCAAGUUUGUCGGUGAAUAUCCUCAACAUUGCAUCGCUGCCACCUUGUUAGUUACAGUGAUUUUAGGAUCCGGACUUCUCAAAAUUUCCAUGAUACAGGAUUUCGAAUAUCUGUACAGUCCGAGAAACGCGAGAGUUUUGGAAGAUAGAAAAUCUAUCGAAAAUCUGUUUUCUAACGGCGACAGGGCCGAAGAUAGAUUAAUUAGAAGUUCAACAUACGAAAAUUUAAUUUCGGUCAUUGCCUCGGCGAAGAACAACGGUUCCAUUAUGAACACCUCUUCGAUAGAAGAUGUAAUCCAGAUGGAUGUUAUCAUUCGCAACAUCAGCAUCUUUUGGAAUAAGAAAUUCUACAGUUACCGAGAUGUUUGUAUGAAGAAUGGUCGUCACGAAUGCCCGAAAAAUUUUGUUUCUUCUUUGAAAUACAUGAUGAAACAUCCCGGAAACGUUUCCAUGAGAUAUCCAGUAGAACGAACAGGUUUUGAUGUAAAAAUAAAUGCUAUGAACUUAGGUGGAGUAUCAACUAAUGACACUGGAUACAUCACGGACUUCAAGGCCGUUCGUCUCUUCUAUUUUAUGGAUUUCGAAACAAACGAGAAAAAGCGAGUAGCUUUAGAAUGGGAAGAGGAAUUUUUGAAUAUAAUGGGUCGAGUGGAAUUUCGACACAUCGACGUUUCCUUCUUUACUCUUCGCAGUGUCAAUGCCGAAGUUAACAGAAACACAGAACUGAGCAUUCCGCUCUCAUUUAUAAUCACUCCUGUAGUAAUUUCCUUCUCGGUGGCAAGUUGUAUGACGUUCGACAUCGUCAGAAGUAAACCGUGGAUUGGACUAGCAGGGUGUUUUAGUCCUUGUUUAGCAGUUAUAGCAUCGUUUGGUUUGCUGUUACACUGCGGAAUGGAAUAUUCUGACGUCAAUAUAAUAAUGCUAUUUCUUUUGACAGGUAUUGGCCUAGACGAUUCUUUUGUUUUGUUGUCUGCUUGGAGGCGAACGAACGCAAAAGACAACGUGAUGCAGAGGAUGAGCCAUGCUUUUUCCGAAGCGGGAGUGUCCAUCACCAUCACAUCCUUGACUAAUCUUGCUUCGUUUUGUGUUGGAAUCACUUCACCUUUUAGAGUCGUUCGUAUCUUUUGCUGCUACAGCGCUCUGUCCAUAUUUUUCGAUCUCAUCUAUCAGAUCUUCUUUUUCGGAAGUCUCAUGGCGCUUGAUGGCUACAGAGAAGAACGUCGUCUUAGUUCCAUUCUUUGUUACACAGUAAAAGAAAAGCAUUUCGGUAAGUACAUAUUUUUGUGUGAAUUUAUUUUUUCGUGCACAGACAGCUCAGGCGGUUAAGGCUUCAGACUACCGCUCUACAGAUUGGGGAUCGCUUUAUUAUUACGUUACUAGAUGUUUUUAGGAAACGACUUUCCGGUUCGUUCCGACAUGACACGAAAACAAAUAUGGUAAACGCUUUUAGCAUUCUGUUUAUAGACGUUUAUAU